AUUUUAUUUUUUCUUGAAAAUUUUUAUAUUUAUUUUUUGCACAAAUGGCUAAUAUUGUGAAUGCUUCACCAAUUGCAUUCACAAAAUACCCUUUUUCUUCAUUACUUAAUUAUCAACCAAUUAUUUCUUCCAAAUUUUCCAAUAAAUCUUUGAAAAAUGAAACAAAAAGAAGGAUUUUUUUAGCUUACAAGAAGUUGAAUUGUGAAGAUAUUAAUGUUGAUGUAAAAAUAGUUGGAUUAGAAAAAGAAGAAAUGUCUUUUACUAAUAAUGAGACAUUUUUGUAUUCAUUCAAUCCUUUGCCAUUGAUGUUUCUUGCUGCUCUUCCUGGAGCUGGAACUAUAAGUUCUCUGUUUGGGCCAUUUGUUGAGCUUGUAAAAUCAUGGAACUUACCUGACUGGCUAGUACAUUGGGGACAUCCUGGUAACAUGGCUGUUGUUCUCUUUGCUAUGGGUGGUUAUGGAACUUACCUUGGUUUUCGGAUACGAUUCUCUGAUGACGUGGAGGAAAAGGCGAAAGCUAAAGAUUUGCAUCCAAAACUUCUAGGAGGAAUGUUCUUCUUCUUUGCUCUUGGAGCUACUGGUGGAAUAACAUCCCUACUUACUUCAGAUAAGCCUAUUCUUGAAAGUCCUCAUGCUGUUACAGGUUUUAUUGGUCUUACACUUUUGACUAUACAAACCAUUUUGCCUACACUAUUCGAGGGUAAUCCCGGAUUGAGGAAUGUUCAUGGGAUAUUGGGAAGUGGUAUAAUGACGUUGUUCCUCGUACACGCGUUCCUCGGACUUCAGCUUGGUUUAAGUUACUAAAACUUGUCGAUUCAUGAUGAACGACGAAGAAUAGACUGUUGGGAUAUACUCUUUUUUUUUUAUUUCGAUUAUGAUUAAUUUGCUAUUGAAGUAUAGUUCAAAUUUGAUAUAAAGGUUAUAAAUUCAGAAAUAUUUGUAUGUUAGAUUGGUGAUGGAAAAAAAUAUUGAGAUACUUUUAGUAAUUAAUCAUAUUGUUUCUAUGAAGUCACAAACACAAAUGUGUUAUCCGUU